CACACGCCUACGUCUAUUGUUAGGCUUCACCACUCACCGCUCUCUCGGUUUCUCAUGGUUGCGUCUGCGUCUCAGCAUUUUAAAGAAUUGACGUUAAAAGAUGCGGAUGCAGCACUUAGUGCGGAACUUCACCGGCUGGUUGAGGCAAUCCCGGAUGGAGAGGCUCGCAAACGAGAGGCUUUCCGAAAGCAAAUGGAUGGAUUCCACAAACUUUUCCAACGAUAUCUGGACUCAACCUCGGACGUAUUUGAAUGGGAAAAAGUAGAACCCGUUCCCAAAGAUUUCGUGAAAACCUACGCCAGUUUAGUCACCCAAGAAGACAAAGAGAUGCUCCGCCAAGAAUUGCAAAAGUUGGUAGUGGUGAAACUCAAUGGUGGUCUUGGUACAACGAUGGGCUGCACGGGACCGAAAUCGCUGAUCUCCGUCCGCAACGAGCUGACCUUUUUGGACCUAACCAUUCAGCAAAUUGAGGGGUUGAAUAGGGAAUACAAUGUGAAUAUACCUCUGGUGUUGAUGAACUCCUUCAACACGAACGCGGACACGGAGAAAGUUCUAAGAAAAUACCAGAAGAUGAAUGUGCAGAUCCUCACUUUCAUGCAAAGCAUGUACCCUCGUCUGAAUCGGGAAUCCUUGCUACCUUUAGCAAAAUGCGCGUUUGAUCCUAACGAGAAACCCUCGAAUGAAGGUCAGCUUCGAGGAGAGCACUGGUACCCACCUGGUCACGGCGAUUUCUAUCGCAGCUUUGUUGAAUCCGGAUUGGCGGAAAAGCUGUCGGCUGAAGGGAAGGAGUGGGUGUUUCUCUCCAAUAUUGACAAUCUUGGAGCAACGGUCGAUCUUCACAUCUUGCAUUUUCUUCUUACCUCACCCUUGUUGCCACAAUUCGCUAUGGAGGUUACUGACAAAACAAGCGCUGAUGUCAAAGGUGGCACUUUGACGAAUUACCAAGGACAUCUACGGCUUUUGGAGUUAGCACAAGUUCCAAAAGAACACCAGGACGAAUUCGCCAGUGUGCGCACUUUUCGCAUUUUCAACACCAAUAACCUUUGGGUCAAACUGCCAGUGAUGGUGGAUUUGGUUAAGAAGGACACUAUACAAAUGGAAGUGAUCGUUAAUCCGAAAACAUUAGAUUCUGGCCUGAACAUUUUGCAGCUUGAACAGGCUGCCGGAGCUGCCGUGAGAAGCUUUGAUGUGGCGCUUGGUAUUAAUGUACCCAGAAGCCGUUUCUUGCCGGUAAAAACCACGUCGGAUCUGCUCAUGGUCAUGUCCAACCUUUAUGUGCUGGAUGGUGGUCGGCUGACCCUUUCUCCUCUUCGCAGUUUCCCGUCAGUGCCGUUGGUCAAGCUCGGGAGCCACUUCAAAAAAGUGAAAGACUUUUUGACCCGAUUCGCCAGUAUUCCUGACAUGUUGGAAUUAGACCAUCUAACGGUCGCCGGUGAUGUAUACUUUGGGAAAGGCAUUACGCUCAGGGGAACAGUGAUCAUCAUUGCCAAUGUAGGCAGUCUGAUCAAUAUACCUUCCGGAGCAAUAUUCGAGAACAAAAUUGUUUCGGGUAAUCUGCGCAUCCUGGAUCAUUAGCUUUAGGAAUUAUUUCAUAAUGACUUUCGUAGCUUUUGAUGACAUUUUCCGACUGCUGACCACCUCCCCCUUCCCCAUCGAAACAUGAUAUGUCGAUUGUGAUUUUUGACAUUUUUCCGCCCUAUUUAUUGCUAUCCUUUUCUGUGCACGCUAUCUUCAGUAUGACCAGUAUUGACUUGAAUAGAAUUCCUAGUCUCUUG